AUGACUUCAAGUCGAACACUCAGGAAAUCCAAUCAUCACAACAGCAAGGAUCACGUCGACGAACAACAAAAACAAGAUCUUCAUACUUCUGAUGAAGGCGGAAUUGUGAAUACUUUGAACAACAGCAGUCACUCUACAACGGUCCUAUCAUUUGAUUUCUCUCAUGUGAACAACAAACACACCAUCUCGGUGUUGUUGAUUCUAUUGAUCUUUGUUUUGGGUUGGAAAUGGCUGGACGGAGGUUUUUCAAGCCAUUCGUAUUUAAAUUGGAAACCACUAUCAAGAAGUUUGAAAUUAAUGAACCAACUGAAAGGCCAUGACCAACUUUUCAACACUUCAUUGAUGGCCUUCAAACCAUUAAUUUCUAAAAUUACUCCGUCUUUCCACAAUCAUGUGUUGCAAAAUCAAAAAUUUGUGGAAACCUUGAAGGUUGGGAAUGAAACAACCGUCCUCCAAGACUUAAUCGACAUGUCGAUUUAUGGAGGACCUGAAGUUCAAUGUAAUCAUAUGGACACUGCAUUGAUCGUCUUGUUCAUUUUGAAUCGAGCAGAAGGAGAUUUCAUGUCACUCAAAUCCAAAUGUUUGCAAUUCGUUAAAGAUUCUAUUCGAUUCGAAAAUAUUUUGGACAUAUUAGAUCGUAUCAACGCUUUCAUUCAACGAGAUGAAGAAAGUCAUUCAAAGAGUUCAAUUUCUCUCAAGAAGCUCACAAUUCUCGACCAACUUAAAGAGUAUUGCUUGGAUUUUCUUGGAACCAAUUCUGAUCAACUAGGGUAUGAAAAGUUUGUCGAAAACGAUCCAAGAAUGAUUCAAUAUUUCAAACCUGCUUUCAAAAGAAAGAAAAUUCGAGCCUUGAAUUUGACAGAAAUAGUACACCCUGUCGAGUCACACCCUAUGAGUGUGUUAUUCAAAACUGGUUUUGAAGGUGACUUGGAAUUUCAUCUGUCCAAUCGAAAAAUUGUGAAAGCUCACAAAACUGUGCUGUUAAACUCCAAUUAUACCGAGUUACAUGGAUUGAUAUUGAACAACAACUCCACAAUUGUCAAAGAGAAUGAAGAAAUGGAAUACUUACUUCAGUAUUGUUAUGGAUUUUUGGAUAGAGUACCUCCUCGAUUGUUAAUUCCAGUCAUAAAGAAGGCUCAUCAGUAUGGAAUGAAAGAACUGAUUCACCUACUGCAACCAUUGCUGCAAAUUACAGUGAGAAAUUUCUUCGAAUGGUCACACGAAUUGAAAGAUGUCAUGGACGAUUUGUCUCUGAGAAAACAAUUUGCUGAAUUUGGGGCUCAAUAUGGGCAAAGCUUAUUUACAGUCGCUAAGAAUUUUAACUAUUUAAAAACACUUCAUUCUGAAUUGAAGAACGACAUUAUCAUCGCUUAUUCCAACCAAGAAAAACAUUAA